GACCUCUACGAACAGGAGCAUCUCCGUUCAGGCCGUCGGGCCGAGGCCCGGCGCCUGCGGCGGACGCGCGGGUUUUCGAUGAAGCUUCCUCCACCCAAGGUGGCGAGAUGCAAAGAAGAAAAGGAGGAAGAGGAAGCCGAGAAGGUGAAGCAGGAGCCUGGGAAGGCCAAGGAGGAGAACAUGGAGACGCAGAAGGAAGAGAAAGUGGAAGCAAAACUGGAAGCGAAGCUGGAAGAGAAGAUGGAAGAGGUGGAGAUGGAGAAGGCCAAUGACGACGAAGAGAUGCCGGAGGCAGAAGCUGAGCUCGAGGCAGACGUUGCGGACGCAGCCGACGGGGCGGGUGCCUUCGAGGCCGAAGCGGCCGAGGCGAUGGCGGCUCCGGUAGAGCCGAUGGCUGCUCCCGUGGAGCCGAUGGCUGCUCCCGUGGAGCCGAUGGCUGCUGCGGAGGUUGCGAUGGCUGCUGCGGAGGUGGCAGAGGCUUUGGAGGAAGCACACGCUGCGCAAGCGGAGGCCGACGCGGCAGUUGCCGCCGAGGCUGUUGCCGCCGAGGUCGCGGAGCAGGCGGAGCCGGAGCAGGCGGAGCAGGCGGAGCAGGCGGAGCAGGCGGAGCCGGAGCAGGCGGAGCCGGAGCAGGCCGAGCCAGGCGAGGCGGAGGAGGCACUGGAUCAGGAGCAGGUGGAUGCAUGCCAGCUCUUGCUGGAGGAAAGCCGGCAGCUCCUGGAGAAGGUCGAUGCAGAGGAGCAACCUGAGACGGAGGCCACGUGGGAAGCGGAGUGA